AGAUAAUAGAUUCAGAGUUUAUUAAACAAAAGUGAACGAGUUAUAUAGUCUUUUAUUAGCCAAAGUCUAGCGCUGGGUACGUGGACAUUUCAGUCGUUCAUAACUUUGCGUCAUCUUGUCUAUGUGGUGGUGGUCCCCGUUGGACGGGUCGCGGUAUUAUAACAAGGCGGAUUGCGGAAACGCAUUUCAACAACGUCGUACGUCGUAUAUACGGAAGCCAGUCUAAUGAUAUGGCCGGGACUGUUGUUGUUGUUUGAUUUCUUUCGGCAACAUUUCCGAUGAUGACCCUCCCUCCCCGCAUCUGAAGGUUCCAGCGUGACGUCUUGAGCAUCUCGGCUUCUUCGGCAUUCUGCCAGACUGGUGCGGCGGCGCGGAAGCUCCUCCGCGGAUACGUGCCGAGCUUUUGCGGCCGCUUUUGGCUUGUUUUCUUUUUCCCUGAUUCCUCAGACUUGGCCCUUUUCAAUCGGCGGCUGCAAAACCACUUGAGUAGCAGCAAAGGAUUUUUUCGAGUCUCAUUUUCCACCGUGCGAGUUGUUCCCAGUGUGCAAUUCACAACGGACGGCCGUAUAGACUUACUUUUUUCGGGGAAAUUCACGUUUCCUGAUGGCCGCUAACAAGUGACGCCCAGUGACAAGUGUGUUCCAGACAAAAUGAAAGCUUGAUUGACGAUACGCUGCUCAUUGGGUGCGUCCGACAUCGCCCAAUAAAUGUUACAUAAUUGAUUUGUUUUUUAGUGAAACUCUGCCCGCCAAAUCAUUUGGAUUCAAGUGAAGUUUUGAUCGACAGACAUGGGCAAAGUUGUGGACGUUCUCAAAGCUAUUUUGACACGUCUCAUUUUUGCUGGCCACGGAUUUAUAGCAAUAUGGAGAGUGACGACCAUCAAGGAAGAUCCUGCCUAUUGGUACCUGUCGAUCUCGCUGCUGGUACUCGCCUUCGAGGGAAUAUUCACACUGACUAUCAAAGCCAACCAGGAAUGGAGAUGGUUUUGCCCGAGUGUUUUUCUUUACUUGUCGAGUGUUGUGCCGUCCAUUUGGCUUCUCGAGUUCGACAAAUUAGACAAACGACUCGAAGAACGUGAAGGGCUUAAUGUAUCGGUGUCGGUGUUGAAUGGCACCACGGAGGAGCUUUCAAAUUCCACGGAUAUUGCUGUAAGUAUAUUUUCAGUAGAGUUUGACACCCGCCACAUUAUUAGUGAUGUUACACAUGCCAUUAUUUUUCAGGGUGUCAAGAUUCCUUUAGCAUUGUCGGCAGAAAGAUGGGCCACCGUCAUCCAGCAGCUUCUGAUGCUCAUCCUCAUCAUUGGGCGGUGGCUGUUACCAAAAGGUGAUCUGACAAGGGAUCAACUAUCUCAGCUACUGUUGGUUUACAUUGGAACGGCAGCGGACAUUAUCGAGUUUUUCGACUCGUUCAAGGACGAUAAAGUGGCCAGCAAUCGUGUGUUGUGUAUCAUUAUCCUAGCCAUUUGGUCGUGGAGUUUGCUUCAGUUUACCAUGGUCUUGACGGCCAGUCCGACUAAAACCAAGAAAGCCAAAGUCCGGGUGAAAGAAAAGAAACACAACUGUUGCCACACGGCCAAAAACGUCUGUUGUUCCGUCGACGUCUGGUCCAUCCUCAUCAAUAUCAUUUUGCAAGAUGCCCCUUUUUUCAUCUUUCGAUUGUUGCUGAUUCUGCACUACAAAAUUAUCAGCGAAACCAACAUUUUUUUCACUUGCAAGAAUACCUUGGUCAUUACUCUUCAGUUCUACCGGCUGAUUGUCGUCCACGCCGAAAAGCGCAAAGGAUUCAAAUCGAGCAAGCAAGGGGAAAUGAUGACGGGCAAACAACUGUCGAGCAAUGCCAGCAAGAAGCGAGGCACUUCUCCAGGUGGUGGCGGAGUUGAUUCGACUCGAAAUCUGCGCGGUACUAGGAUCGUCAAAGUUAAUCCCGGUUCUGUUAGCGGCGGUAGCCGCGGUUCGAAAUUGCCGCCGAAACGGGCCGUGGCUAAAUUAGUGCGCACGGCUUCCGAGGACGAUGGAGCCGCCGUCUAUCCAAGUCCCGCCCACAGUGGCGCUUUUCUCCUUCACACCGAAAACGACACGUCAUGGAGACAAUAUUCCAGGGGAAGACGACGGUCAUUAUCGACAGGCGAUUUGAGUGUGACGGCGGAAAUGUCGGUGGAAAUCGAUUCCAGUCCGGAUCGGUCGACGUGUUUCAGUGCCGACUUGGGAGGAGGUUGCGAUGAGGUCGGCGACAUCGAGUCGGAUUUCGAAGCCGAAAGGCUCAGCAAUUUAGAAGAAGAGGAUAACGACAAUGAAGAGGUCAACGAUGACGUCGAAUCGCAGAGUUCCCCCGAACUGGAAUAUUCCAGGGAGAAGGCCACAACUGCUUUCAAUGCAGACAGAAAGCGAAGAGGCAACAGUCGCUAUGGCACAGUCGAUGAAGUGAGAUCCAUCCCGUCACCGAAACCAAGAGCUGGAACCAGUCAAGGGCGCCCAGUUCCAAUGCCCCGCAAGGCAGCUGUACCCAUGCAGCCACUCAAUAGAUCACCUACCAACCGUUCAGUGUCCAGUCGAUGUUCAACCAAUCAAUCGAAAGACAAAAAGCGCACGACACGCCAGGAUACCGGAUACUCUACCGGUUCCUCUGCUUCUGCUCGAGAAUCGCAAGGCAACGGGAAACGAGUGCCGGGACGGGCCAUGACUCCUAGCCGAGAUGGCCGUGACCAAGAGAGCCGAAGAGGAGCGGCCCGACCAAGGGAUCUAGGGCGACCAAUCCCAGGUUCUUCCAAAGGAUCCAAUCUCCAGGAACUUGAACUUUGCGAGCUGAGCAGUCCCACGCGAGUCAGUCGCAGUUCCAGCAAAUCGAAUCGUCCCAGUCGCAAAUCCAACAGUGGUAGCAGCAGCAGACGUGAGCCGUCGGUUGACUACGACGAAGGCGGGCAGGACAAUUGCAGUUUAGGCGGUGAAGAUGAGAGAGAGGAUGAAUUCCAUUUGGAAGCCGUUUCCAGGCAGACGUGACGCCGCUUGUUCGCCAUCAUGGUCCUCAUGUUUGUUUUCCUAGUCAUUCUUUGCUUUUCGAUUUUGUUUAUGUACGCGGCCAUCCAUCCGGAUGGACUGGUCAUUUUCAGUCAAGCCACUCUCAUGAACACUCGUGUCCCAACUAGUCCGACAGUCGUGGGACGCAACGCUAGCCACAAACCCAGCCGAGGCCCACCGGGCGUCACCGUGGCUCCAAUCGAUCCUUGGUGGAUCCGUUUGGCCGAAACGGAGAGCCCACCGACCCGCGAUAUUCCGGAAGGAGACACGAUUGUCGACUGGGUCAAGAGAGUGAGAAUCAAGGUGGCGAACGAGUCCACUAAAGCCUUUCAUAUGCAACCAAUAACUAAGUCUGCCUUCGCUAGCACAACGUUCAAACCCAAAUUCACCAGGACGAGCACGACCACGCCCAAAUCUCGUGACAUUCCUCAGUACGACGAAAACGCCAUCUUGUAUAAUUACAAGUCUUACGGGACAUCCAUUAUCAAAGUCAACACUCGCCCCUAACAUUUUAUUAGACGACUUAGAUUUUCACUCAGACUGAACGCUAAACUAAAUAAUAACCCCCGAUAGUUAACUGACUUUAUAUUUCUCUUGAUCAUCUUCCCGUCACCCAACUUGCUCCCAUAAGGAGCAAAACCACAGGUCUUGUGUAAUCAGGUAAUGUCAAAUUCCCCCUUUUUUCUUGUAUAUUUUUUCAAUUGAGAUAAGAUAACUAUUUCAUCCAUUACACUGGAAUGAUUUAAAGGCAGGCACUGAUGUAGUGAAAAUUAAGAAACCCGAACCAGCAAUAAGAUUUCCUCGUUCAAAGUUGAGCAUUUAUUGGUGGAAACUAAUCAGUAUUAGAUUAAAUUGAACUGCUGGAAAUCUGGAUUACUGUUGAAAAUAAUGUUUAAAGCGGAUAUUUCUGAUAUUUAGUUUUGUCUCCAAGACGGAUUUGUUUCAUUUAGUGAACUAGACAAACUUGAUACGCUCGCAGGAUGAGAUUGUAUUCCUCGUUUAACAUUUGAAAGUUUAUUGUGGGUGUAGAAACUAAUUAGUGUUUAGCUUGGCUCUUCAAUCCUUGGUUCACGUCUGACUCCAAACGAAUAAAAUUAUUUUAUUAACAAUUUAAUUGGUCCAUCCUCUUUCAAGCUGAGCUCGAUCGUCUGGGUUUCAAAAAAUAAAAGUUAUUUCAAUGGAAUGAUCUCAUUUUAAAUUUUAGGUUAUGAUCAACGAUGCGUUCGCAAUAGUUGCUUUAGCUUACUUUCUGUUAAUUAUAUUAACCCCGUUAAUAAGUGGAGUCGUUUUCUUGUCCAGUUUUAUUUAUCAUCAAGCGUUGCUAUAAAUCUGUUACUAAUUUUGUAUGAUGUCACUGUUUCAAUAAAAUUGUUAACCAUAA